GGAAAUAUCAGGUUACCACAAACAUCAGGUUUUGAAUUAUCAACAACCAGUUUCAGAAAGUUAAUUUGUAUGAAAUCUUAUGAAUAAAUGAGUGCUUCAGAUGACGAUGUUCCAACUCUAUCUGCGGAAGCGUUAAAAGCUCUUAAUGAAUUUUAUCAUGAGCAGGAAGAAGAAAGAAGUAAACUGGAAAGAGUUCAAAAUAAUCUGAAAGACUGUGACAUAUCAGCUUUCCAAGAAAACUGGCAAUUAAGUCAGUUUUGGUAUGAUAAUUCUACAAUAGAAGCCUUGACUAGUGAAAUAUGUAAAAUUAGCCGAGAAAAUGGAAGAAUAGCUCUUAUUUCAUGUCCUUCCCUUUAUAAAUCAUUGAAAUCGAAAGCAAAAAAUCGUGAAGUUAUUCUUUUUGAAUAUGACAAAAGGUUUGCAAUGUAUGGCCUAGAUUAUAAUUUCUAUGAUUACAACUCUCCACUCGAUGUUCCUCGAGAAUUGGCUGGAUACUUCGAUGUAGUUGUUGCUGAUCCACCAUUUCUUUCUGAAGACUGCAUCACCAAGACUGCUGUAACAAUAAAAUUUUUUACAAAAUCCAAAAUUAUUUUGUGUACAGGUGCUGUGAUGGAAGAAUUAGUUGGGAAACUAUUAAAUUUGAAGAAAAGUAGUUUUGAACCAAAACACGAAAACAAUUUAGCAAAUGAAUUUUGUUGCUACACUAAUUAUAAUAAUAGUUUUAAAUGACUUCUUUUAAUAAAAAACUAUUAUAACUGU